UCAAAUUUUUGGUUUGCAAGCUACAAGGCUCCUAUCCUCUCCAUCAAACUACUACAUACACAGCAUGAUGCAUAAGUCAUCACCACAUUGCUUUGUGUCUGGCCAACCUAUUCUCACCUUCCAUUAUCACCUUUUUUUGUCUCAAACUAAUUCAGACAUAAAUUCCAAAGCUUUGCACUAGUAGUAACUUCGUCUAUUCUUUUUGUUUUCAAAACCUGUAAAAGAUUUCACUUCUCAUCAGAAUCAUGGAACCUACAGAAGACGCAACCCUACCACCACCACAACCAUUUGAACCUACAGAACAUGAUCAGGAACAGCAAUAUCAAUAUUCUAAUAACAAUUUCUUUUUCGAUGCCGCACCACCACCAUUAUCAUCGUUACUUGGUCACCAAAAUUCAUCAUCACUACUUAUAAACCACCUCCAACAACAACAACAGCAGCAGCAGCAGCAACAACAGCAACAGAUUAAUUCUUUGAUGGACAUAGAUUGGGUUAGUCUUCUGUCUGGUAAUAACGACAACCUUAACUCAUCUAUCGGAUUAACCGGAAGUCAUAUGUUAGCCACUGGAACUACAGCCUCCACAUCAUCUGCUGUAACAAGAGUAGGCUGUGAUCAAAAUGAUCGAGAAGAAGCAGAUGAAACCGAAGAAAAAGGCUGUGGAAAUAUGGGUAAAGAUAGUAGCAAUAGUAAGGUAGGAGUGAAAGUUAACAGAAUUAAGAAAAAGGUGCAUAGACCUACUAGGUUUGCCUUUCAGACAAAGAGUGUUGAAGAUAUCCUAGACGAUGGGUAUCGAUGGAGGAAAUACGGACAGAAAGCUGUCAAGAACAGCAUCUAUCCCAGAAGUUACUACCGUUGUACGCAUCAUACAUGCAACGUCAAGAAACAGAUUCAACGUCUUUCAAAGGACACGAGCAUCGUGGUGACAACUUACGAAGGUGUUCAUAAUCAUCCGUGCGAGAAACUUAUGGAGACUUUAAGUCCGCUUCUGAGGCAAAUGCAGUUCCUUGCUAGGUUCUAAUCUUUAUACACACAUGCAUGUAUGCUCGUGUUUAACCAACUGAUCAAUAUUCAAGGACCUGACACCGCAAACUUGUUAAUAUGUCUUUGAAUUUACUUAGAUAUAUCCAUAUAUAUGUAUGCAAUCUUUAUAUACU